AUGCUGGUUGGUCCAGUGUAUGGGGCAUUCUAUCGAGAUCUUACCACCACGACUAGCGUACAUCUGGAGUACGUUUACGUUCAAGACGAGGAUCAAUUCUCACCCGGCGGCGCCUAUGCCAUUCAGGCUGGAUUUGAAGCUGCGAAAGCACGAGGAAGAAACAUUAAAGCAUUAAUGAUAUGCAAUCCGCACAAUCCACUUGGACGUUGCUACCCUCUAGACACGUUGGUCAGGAUCCUUCGUCUAUGUGCAUCGAAGAAUUUUCAUCUUGUCAGCGAUGAGAUAUACGGCUUAUCUAUUUACAAACGUCAUGAUAGGCCAUCGGAAACCUUCACCUCUGUCCGCUCCAUUGAUUUUGCCGGUCUUAUCAGCCCAAAUCUGGUUCAUGUUCUUUAUGGAAUGUCAAAGGACUUUGGCGCAGCUGGCAUGCGAUUGGGCUGUGUGAUAUCGCAGAAUGACGAGUUCAACAAAGCGGCCCGAGCUAUUUGGUCAGACUCAAUAUUUGGACAAGAUCAACUAAACAAUUGGGACAAGCUAACUGAAUAUCAUUCUUCAGCCGCUUUAAUUCUCCUUCUCAAUUAUCGAUGA